UGUUCACCCUAUAACCAAUCACAUGCUGGGAGAUUUGUUUUAGUUUUUGAUUUACGUUCAUGGAUGCCAAUCGGACUGCUCCCACCAUAAUCGAGAACCAAUGGGAAGGCCAUGGGUCGGAAGGUAGGCGGGGCUUAGUGAACACUACGGCGGAAAAUGGCGCCCAGCUCGAAAUCAGAAAAGGACGGUAACAAACAAACGCAGAGAAAACACAAAGAACAUGUCGUCAAGCUUCUGAACCGUGGAAAGUUGUCUGGCCAGUAUUCUCAGCGCUUGUUCAGGAAACUACCACCGCGCGUCUGUGUUCCCCUGAAGAACAUAGUCAGCGAGGAGUUCCUCAGAGCAGGACACAUCUUCCUGGGGUUCACUAAGUGUGGUCGUUACGUGCUGUCCUACACCAGUGACUGUGGAGAGGACGAUGACUUCUCCUUCUACACCUAUCACCUCUACUGGUGGGAGUUCAACCUACACAGCAGACUCAAACAGGUGCACCAUGUGCGUCUGUUUACAGGUGAGGACAUCUACAGUGAUCUCUACCUGACAGUGUGUGAGUGGCCCAACGACCACUCCAAGAUCGUCAUCUUUGGCUUCAAUACUCGUAGCUCCAGCUCAGUGUUGAUGAAUCUGAUGAUGAGUGAUGAGAACAACAGAGAUAUCUACAUCACCAUCGCCUCCAUGCCUCCUCUCAGACCCUGCUCUCAAUGCUGCCCUCCAAAUACCUCUACCAUACGCACAGGUAGUGGAGAGUGUCUGGAACAUGGCUAUAUGUUGAACAGUCGGUACCAGGUGGUCUAUCCCUUCCCCACCUUCCAGCCUGCCUUCCAGCUGAAGAAAGACCAGGUGAUCUUCCUCAACACCUCCUAUUCCCUGGUGGCCUGCUCUGUGUCCCUCUGUCCAGCAGGGUCUCCCGACAACCGCCUGCUAACCGCCAAACCAAGCCCAGCCCCUCUUUCCCCUAGCCAUAGCCACACAGCGGGCCGCCCGGGCGGAGAGUUCGCCGCCGACCUCUUCAGACGUGCCCAGGGAGGAGGGAGAGAAAACGAGGGAGGGGAAAGGAGAGGGAAACCGGAGGGAAGCGAAGUAGGAGAGAGACCGUCGAAGCAUGGCUGCAGCGAGCCGGGAUAUGUCAACUACACCCGCUUGCAGUACCGCAUGCCACAGCCGGGGGCCGCCAGAGCAGGAUGCAGGAGGUAUGAGGAUGAUAAGGUCCAGCUGCCCUUCACUGUGACUGACCUGAAGGGACGCAACCUACAGCUGGUCACUGGGCCCCACAACGGACAGAGUGUGUGUGUGGAGCAGUUGACUCUGGACUUUGAGUACCUGAUCAACGAGGUGAUCCGGAGCGAUGCCCGCUGGGCUGCUCAGUUCUGUUCCUUCAACGACUACGACGUUGUUAUACUGGAGGUGUGUCCAGAGACUAACACAGUGGUGAUAAACAUUGGGCUGCUGCUUCUGGCGUUCUCCAACCCUGAAGAGGAACACUGCAGGCCCAACACCUACCACUCCAGUCUGCAGGUGAGCUGGGACCUCAACACAGGAGUGUGUCACACCGUCGGGGUCGGUGACCUCACUGAGGUCAAGGGUCAGACCAGUGGCAGUGUAUGGAGUUCGUACAGAAAGUCUUGUGUGAACACAGUGAUGAAGUGGCUGGUUCCAGAGAGCAGCUCUCGUUACAUCAACCGCAUGACCAACGAGGCCCUGCACAAAGGUUCCUCUCUACAGGUGUUGGCUGACAGCGACCGGAGUACCUGGAUCAUACUAUGAGGGACAACAGAGGGGUGUCCUGACACCAGAGGCUCGGACUGUCACACACACCCAUCCACACACCGACACACAUACAGCAAGCCUGUUUAGCUGCUACAGUAACAGUCAUAGGAUCCCUCUCAAAUGGCACCCUAUUCCACCCUAUUCCCUCCUAUUCCACCCUAUUCCCUCCUAUUCCACCCUAUUCCCUCCUAUUCCCUCCUAUUCCCUCCUAUUCCACCCUAUUCCCUCCUAUUCCACCCUAUUCCCUCCUAUUCCACCCUAUUCCCCCCUAUUCCCUAUUCCACAUGUGGUGCACUACGUUUCCAUUAUCCCUGUGGUGAGAAGUGGUGCUCUAUAUAGGACCUUCAGACUCCACUCUGGACCUGGAAACCAGUUCCACUGUUCCCCUCUAAUCAGGGACUGAUUUAGACCUGGGACACCAGGUGGGUGUGCAAUUAAUGAUCAGGUAGACCAGAAAGCAGGCUCCGGACCUCGUAGGGUCAGAGUUGAAUACCCCCGAUUUAGGGAAUAGGGUGCCAUGUUGUCAUGACUCAGUUACGACAUGUCGCCAACCUGAAUCUGUGCACCUGCCUCUGUGUGUGUGUGUGUGUGUGUGUGCCUGUGUGUGUGCCUGUGUGUGUGCCUGUGUGUGUGCCUGUGUGUGUGUGUGUGUGUGUGUGCCUCUGUGUGUGUGCCUCUGUGUGUGUGAUAUUGUAGGAUGGAAGAAACGAGGCAGUGUGUUUUCCACAUGUUCUGUUUUUGUUUGACGAUAUAAUGUACCAUAAUUUGCACCCAUGGAUCCAGAGCUGGACUGAACAAAGAUGAUUUUACUGUGGGUUUUUAGUUCGGUUUGUUUGGUGUAAUUUUCCGUUUUAUGACUGUGUGUGAGAGAGAGAGAGAGAAAGAAGUUGUGUGGUCCUCAUGCCUCCGAGAUUCUGCUGCUCUUCUCGGAACCUGAAGGCCACUCCUCGAAACCAGCUUUUUGUCCAGGUCUGUCUGACUGCAACAGGGCCUACACAUGAACCGGAACCAAUCCUGUUAUUUGUCGCUCUGGAGUGACUGACGUUCCCCCUAGGUACAGAUCUAGGAUCAGCUUCCUCUCCCCCAAUCCUAACCUUAACCAUUAGUGGGGGGAAAUGUUAAACUGACCGCAGAUCAGUGUCUAAUGGCAACUUCACCAUCGACAGAUUUCUUCUUGGAUUGCGUCCAACAUGGCUCCCUAUGUAGUGCACUACGUUUUGUCCAGAGCCUCAUAGGGCUUUGGUCAAAAGUAGUGCACUACAUAGGGAAUAGGGUGUCAGUUCAGAUUGUCCCCUUUUUAAAUGUAUUUGUAUGUAAUGGAGUUAACUUUCCCAGAUUUACUGCCUAGUCCUUCAUCCCAGGAAUCUUUUUUUUUGGAAAGUUACAACCCUAGAUGGAGCAGAGGCUUAUGGAGUUUAACCAAGCCUGUCAUUAUCUGGCUGUAUUUUAAGACUGGACGGAGAGAGCAUGGUUCACUUGAUUAUUUUUUGAUAAAAAUAAAUUGAAAGAUUCAC